CAUCGCAGUCCCGGAGCCUCCCUUGGCAGUUCCUGAAAGCCGGCUCGGAGCGGGCCGAAGGCUUGGCGAGGUCCUCGCCCCAGACCGAACUCGCCCCGCACACGCCCGGGUCGCCCCCACGCCGCCGCCCGCCGUCAUGUCCACGGCCGGGGGCAACACGUCCGCCUCCUCGUCCGCGGCCGAGCGGCUCAACAGCCCGGUGACCAUCCCCGCGGUGAUGUUCAUCUUCGGGGUGGUGGGGAACCUGGUGGCCAUCGUGGUCCUGUGCAAGUCACGCAAGGAGCAGAAGGAGACGACGUUUUACACGCUGGUGUGCGGCCUGGCGGUCACCGACCUGCUGGGCACGCUGCUCGUGAGCCCGGUGACCAUCGCCACCUACAUGAAAGGCCAGUGGCCCGGGGAGCAGCCGCUGUGCGACUACAGCACCUUCAUCCUCCUCUUCUUCGGCCUGUCGGGCCUCAGCAUCAUUUGCGCCAUGAGCAUCGAGCGCUACCUGGCCAUCAACCACGCCUACUUCUACAGCCACUACGUGGACAAGCGGCUGGCCGGCCUCACGCUCUUCGCCGUCUAUGUGUCCAACGUGCUCUUCUGCGCGCUGCCCAACAUGGGCCUGGGCCACUCCCAGCGCCAGUACCCGGGCACCUGGUGCUUCAUCGACUGGACCUCCAACGUGACGGCCUACGCCGCCUUCUCCUACAUGUACGCGGGCUUCAGCUCCUUCCUCAUCCUCGCCACCGUGCUGUGCAACGUGCUGGUGUGCGGCGCGCUGCUCCGCAUGCACCGCCAGUUCAUGCGCCGCACCUCGCUGGGCACCGAGCCGCAGCAGCACCACGCGGCCGCCGCCGCCGUCUCGGCGGCCUGUCGGGGGAACCCGGCCGCGUCCCCCGCCCCGCCGCGCGUCAGCGACUUCCGCCGCCGUCGGAGCUUCCGUCGCAUCGCCGGCGCGGAGAUCCAGAUGGUCAUCCUGCUCAUCGCCACCUCCCUGGUGGUGCUCAUCUGCUCCAUCCCGCUGGUGGUGCGCGUGUUCAUCAACCAGUUGUAUCAGCCCGAGGUGGUGCGCGACAUCAGCAAAAACCCAGACCUGCAGGCCAUCCGGAUCGCCUCGGUGAACCCCAUCCUGGACCCCUGGAUAUAUAUCCUGCUGCGGAAGACAGUGCUGAGCAAAGCCAUCGAGAAGGUCAAAUGCCUCUUCUGCCGGCUGGGCGGCGGGUCGCGCCGGCACCCCCCGGGCCCGCCGUGCUCCGAGAGCCGCAGGACGUCGUCGGCGCUGUCCAGCCACUCGCGCUCCUUCCUGGCCCGCGAGCUGAAGGAGCUCAGCAGCACGUCCCAGACGCUGCUGUACCUGCCCGACUUGGGCGAGAGCGUCCUCGGGGCCAAGAACCUGCUGCCGGGCGUGCCCGGCGGCGCGGGCCUGGCCCACGGGGACCGCGCGUCGCUGAGGACCUUGCGGAUGUCGGAGACCUCGGACUCCUCCUCCCAGGGCCCCGACUGCGAGGGCGGCGUCCUGCUGGCGGCGGAGGAGGUCGGAGGACCCAGCCGGGAGGCGCCCGCCCCGAAGGGCAGCGCCCUCCAGGUCACCUUUCCCAGCGAGGCACUGAACUUAUCCGAGAAAUGUAUAUAG